CGAAACGUUUGAGAGUACGGGUUCUGCUGUGGCGUCCGAAUCUGCCGCCACGUGCGUUUGUUGUUGACAGUGAUCAGCUGAGCGGUGGCGGCGGCGGGUGGAUGGUCGUGCCGUGGUUCCAGGAUGUUUAGGGCAGCACGUGGAAGGUACUGAUAAAUGAUGGAACAUCAGCCUCCUCUUUUCAAAGAAAAAUCUGCUAAGAAAAAGAAACUAUCAUGUACAGCAUCUGUCCCAAGAGAGGAAGAGGAACAAAAUGUGGAACCUAAACUACCAUCCAGUCCAGGUCCCACCCUCAACCCAGUACUUUCAAAGGCACAGAUCUCAGACUUGAAAUGGAAAAAAAUCAAGAAAGAGAAUCUUGACCUGGACUAUGUUGUGCUGCUACCCAGGCUAACAGCCACUGCUUUGCUGCAAGCACUGGAGGAGCAAGUGGAAUACUUUACUGGAGACCUGGCCAGAGUGAGAGUCUUUGGCAAGUGGCAUAACCUACCCAGGAAACAGGCAACUUAUGGUGAUCCUGGGCUGACCUACACAUACAGCGGCAUCCAGACCCCAGCCCGUCCCUGGCCCCAGCCAUUGCGUCGCAUCCGUGAUCUGCUCACAGAAGUCACUGGAUACGAUUACAACUUUGUGCUUAUCAACAGAUAUAAAGAUGGCAGUGACAAAAUGGGGGAACACAAAGAUGAUGAAAAGGAAUUGGAUCCUAAAGUUCCCAUCGCCUCUCUUAGUCUUGGGCAACAAAGGGACUUCUACUUUCGUCACCAAGACUCAAGACCACCCAAAAAAAUAAACAUUGAAAAAGUACAAAUGCAGCUUCAGCAUGGAAGUCUUCUGCUCAUGAAUCCUCCCACCAACCAAUACUGGUACCACGCUCUGCCCCCACGCAAGGCUUCACCAGGAGUCAGGAUCAAUCUCACCUUCAGAAAGGUUGUGGCCAAACACUCCCCCAAAAAAUAACAAUUUAAGCAGGUGACUUUAUGACAUCCAUUUACAAGAUAAAGGAUGGGAGAUGCAUCCUGAAGCCAUUUCUUGUUUGUAAGUAACACACUGCUUCAAAUUAAACUUUUUAUGCUAGCAAAGAAUGUAUUAAAAAAAAACUUCUGUGAACAGUCUGCCUUGGUAGAGGAAAGGGUCCAGAAGCCCAUAAGUUUGAAGCAGUGUUCCCAGCAAAUAGUCUUUAAGGCAGUUAAUAAGUCUAAAGGCCUCAUUGUAAAACAAGUAGGCAGCUAUCUUUGACAAUACUCCAAACACAAUAAUAUUUGGCAAUCUAGUAAUGUAAUGCUUGAUAAUCAAAUGGUACUUAUCCAGCAGGUCCUCAAAGCAUAUCUUGCAGAGAGAGAGAGAGCAACUAUUGUGACCAUUAUUAUAUUGUAGUCUGUAAUAAAUGCCAUA